AUGUCCAAAGUGACCGAGUUGCUGGAUAUCCACCCCGGCAAUCUCUGCUUCACAUUCGAGCCAAGCAAGCCCAUGCACUGCCUAAUACACCUUACCAACAAGUCGGUUGAUCAGCGAGUUGCUUUUCGGUGUCAGGCUAGUAGGGAAUCAGAAGCUCUUUUUCAUGAUCUAGCAGAUUUCGUCGGCAUUCUGCCACCAGAUUCCACUUCGACCUUUCUUGUAAGGCUAAAAAGUAGGCAGCAGCUGCCAUUGAAAAAGGACGUGCCUCACCUGACCCUAGAGAGUUGUGUGGCGGCCGAGGAGGACAAGGAGGACGUGGGAACUAUCUUUGGCACGCGGAACCAGCAAAUUGAAGGGGUAAAAUUAAAGGUAACCGUUCGCGAGGACGAAGUGGACACCAUCUUUAAUAAAGCUGGCGAAGGAACUAAGGAGCUAACACUAACUGCCCCCGUUAUCAACUCAACGCUCCUAGAGUGGGUAUCUGAGACGAAAAUGGUACUUCCAAUGACAGAGCCAUCGAUUGACCAGGGAGAUUUGUUGGAUGUCCAUGUCCUCUACCAGCUGAUCAGCUUGGACAAGAAUGACAAAAUGAUCAAUUGUAUAUUGCAAUUAACUAGCAGGACCAAACACGAUGUAGCUUUUAAGUGCGUGCCAUCCAAUUCACAUAGUUGCUUAUAUAGCCUGGACCACAUCAAGGGCAUUCUACCAUCAGGGUCCACCAACAACUUUGUUCUGUUGACGAAAAAGAUGAAGUACCUGCCAGAUAACAGGGACGCUCUUUCCAUAGUCCUAAAAACCCGUGUGUCCGUAAAAGAAAUGGACUCAAAUGAGGACAUUUCUAGCCAAGAUCCAAGGCAUGAGAUACCACUGAUGGCCAUUUAUGACAAUAAGGUUAGAUUUCUGGUCAGCUCUCUUAUUUUUAGUGAACUAGCGGCAACAACUAAGUUGAACUAG